AUGUCAAAUAAAGAUGAUGAAUCAAUUGAAAUGUUAUAUUCAAAAUCAUGUCUUGAUUUAAAUAUGGAUAUGGAAACAAAUAUACUUUUUAAAAUCACAAUCAUUAUUCUUAUCUAUCUCGUAUUUUUAUUUACGGCAACAACACGUUAUACUGUGUAUAGAAAUGCUCAAUUUGAUCCAAUUGACAGACGCUAUAUAAUAAACAGUUUUUCAUCAAUUAGUUCAGCUUAUACUUGUCUGUGUCAAUGUUACAAUAAUGUCAUUUGUUUUAUAGUGACAUAUUUUGGUUCUAAUCAAACAUGUUUACUUUUCUUUGCACAAUUGAGUCAAGGAAAAUUACGAGUUGUACCAACUAUUGCUAAUGCCAAAGUUUACUACUUUGGAAAUAGAAGUUUCAAUGCUUUAAAACUCUUCAAUCGUUCAAAUGAAACUGUUUAUGCCAUAUGGAAUACAAUGGCAGGUGGCGAUAGUUCACCAAAAUUGACUGGCGAAAUUGUGGGUACAUAUUAUCCUGGAAACUCUCCAGAAACCUUAUUCGAUAGUAAUAUGACUACCGAGUAUACAAAUUACGGAAGCUGUAGUAUUGGGUACUCAUCUAUGUCAAUAACAUGUGGAGAAAAUACUGGUUGGUAUUUAUCAUUAGGCAAUAGCUUCUUCAGCCUAGUGGCAUUUUAUGUGGGCACGAAUACCAACUAUCCACAACGUGAUCCAUUGACAAUCACUAUCGAAGGUAGUAAUCUGCAUGGAGAUGAACUCACCUUUGGACGAAGCUGGACGUUAAUCUACAAUGGUAGUACGGGACUCGUAUCCAAUCUAGGAAGAUCAACGUUGGGAGCAUUGGAAAUCAUUCAAAAUUUUCCAAUACCAUUUGCAAAUUAUCGUGUGCUGGUCACUUCGAAAAGAGGCAUUGAAAUUUGUACAUCAUAUACAGAAUUCAUGAUGAUUGGUUAUUGA